ACUCAUCAUCAUGGUUCCAAGCUCCGUUGUCCUGAUCAAUCUCUUUCUCUUUGUUUACGCCAGCAAUGGCUAUGUAAUGGUAGAGAACUCACAGCCGCCGUCCUUGUCGCCGUCAUGGCAGCCGUCAAGGCACCCGUAUGCAGAUACUAUCUAUCCUCUCACGGCUGGAUGGGAGCAAGCUACAGCAACGGGAGCGAGAUAUGGAGGAGUUUCGAAAUCUGAAUACAGAGUGUCAUCGGACGUUUGGCGGCUUGAGAAAGUAAAAUCUAAGAUCGUAGCAGCCGGCAGGUUGACGGGAAUCGACCCAGCUAUACUUGCUGCCAUUGCCAGUCGAGGAUCUGCAGCAGGUUAUCAACUGAAUUCAAGAGGAUACAGUUAUCAUUCGACAACAAAGUACGGUUACAUGCAGUUGUCCACAACUCGUUAUUACGUUGAUACGUCAGGAGGGCCAAGCGGGCAGGCACAUUUCGAUCAAGCUGCAAAAGUGUUGAAGUCUGCUCUAGAGUAUGUCGAAGACUCCCGCCCAUACUGGCAGAAAGCCAUGCAAGUCAAGGCAGGAAUAGCUGCGUACGACGUCGGCGUCCAAAAUUACAUCAUUCCUUCAACAAUUGCCAUUGACACGGAGACCACUGACAAAGACUACUCUAAUGACGUCUUAGCACGAGCAAAGUACCUCAGAAGAAAAAGAAUUUUUUAGUUAAAAUUACUUUCAUUGCUUGACACAGAUUGUGUUAGAUAGAGAGUGCUAAAUAAUGCGAUCAAGCGCAACUUUCUUGCUUAAAUAUACAGAAAACAGCUGCUUACUCUAUUG